AUGGGCUCAGCUGCAGAAGCGAAGAGGCCAUCGCCGUUGGCGUUGGAGAAUCGGCUUACGGAUCAGUCGACGUCUACAGCUGAUCUCACCGACGUCAUCCGUUGUCAAGGGCGGGACGAUGAAGCUACUGCCUAUAAGAAGGAACAAAGUGACAAGUCUACCGUUACUACGCCAUCGUUGGACAACCAAGUUUACGCGAUAGGAAAGGAAAUGCUUGAUCAAGCUACAUCUACAGCUCCAUCACCAACACCGCCAACAGUGGUUUUAGAGCAUGACACUCCAGAAACAGAUGUCUCUUUGCCGGAUUUCAAGGAACAACUUUCCGACAUAGAUACUUCUUCACUGGAGGAUUUAUUGGCAAUGGAUACACGUCCCAAUUCGUCCAAUCGGAAAUCAGUGUCCUUCAGUGAUUUUAUUGAUGUCGAAGUUGUAUCACAAGAGCAGCCUCUGAAAAGUCCAUCACCCGACUUUCGUAGUUUCACGGUGAAACCAAUUCUGAAGAAGGACUCCAAGCAAACAGAAACGUAG